AUGUCUACCGCUGAGAAAACAUUAGAUGAGCAGCUUACCACAGCUGAUGAAAACCUGGACGAGGUUCCUACCCCAGAGAGACAGCGGAGAGUUAGGACCCUGACACCUAAAGCUGCAGAAAACUAUGGUAAACAGGUAGAGAAGUAUCAGACGCUUAUCAGAUCAACCUGGCAAGAUGUAUAUGGGUACAUAAACAAAAGAACUGGUUCUUUUGAGGAAACCUUAGACGCUCUCAAUGAGACUAAGAGGAAUGUAUGCCUGAUAUAUGGGAAAUAUAGAUUGGCAUGUAGAGAUUUCACCAGUUACCUACAUGCAAAUUACACAGAUGAAAGUAUUCGUCUCGUUUCGAUCCACACUCACGAAGAUGGCAAGUGUGAUGAAUUGGUUCAGAGCAUCCUAAAGCAGUUGGACUCUAAACAAGAAUUACUUGCAGAGAGGGUAUCACAGCAUUCAAGCAGUCACAGGUCUCACAGGUCUAAAUCUAGUCGUACAUCUAGUUCUAACUCCGAAGCAUUGCGAGUUAGAGCUAAAGCUGAGAAGGCCAAGGCGGCUAAAGAGUUCAUGAAGAAAGAAGCCAUGCUGCUUAAACAACAAGCUGUGUUGGCCGAACAGGAGGCAGUUUCCAAAGCUAAGUCACAAAGUCAUCGACAGGAAUUGGAAAUAGACUUGAAUAUUGUGAAGGAGGAGAGAGAAUGUGCAGAGGCUGAAACCGAAGCAGUUGUGUAUGAAGAGUUAAGCUCCCAGGGAGAUAGCAGUGAGUCUGAGAACUUUACCUUACCUAAACGAGUUGAAAGUGCUUAUGAGCGUACUAGGAGUUAUGUCAACACACAUCAAAGUGCUGAAAGCACUGAAGGCACUGAGAGCACUGAGUUGAUAGUGGAACCAACCAACAACCCAGUUACAGUCUCACUGCCUGUACCGGUAACUACGACCAAGGAUGAAGUUGUACCUUCAUUAGUAAACUUCCUCAUGCACAAGGAACUCGCAUCCUCAAGACUUAUGAAUUUCAACGACAAAUCCAAUUCAUACCUUAGCUGGAAAACUACAUUUCAGUCAGUCAUGAAAGAAGCCUCCAUUACACCAGGUGAAGAACUUGAUCUUCUUGUGAAAUGGCUGGGUCCUGUGUCAUCGACAUAUGCUUCAAGUAUAAGGAGUAGUAAUGGCAGCAAUCCAGCUCUCGGCAAGAAACUUUUAUGGGAACGCCUUGACGAAAGGUAUGGCAGUGCUGAAGCAGUAGAGGCAGCUUUACAAACAAAAUUAGAUAGUUUUCCUAAACUUAUUGACAAGACCAAGAUGUAUGAACUUGCAGAUGUUCUCACAGAAAUCGAAGUAUUGAAGGAUGAUCCUAAAUAUCACCAGAUCUUGUCGCAUUAUGACUCUCCAUUAGGUGUGAGGCCGGUAUUGACAAAACUGCCGACACGUGUACAAUCUAAGUGGACCGAUCGAGCCUUUUCAUACAAAAACACGAGACAUGUUGCCUUCCCUCCUUUCGUAUUUUUUGUAACCUUUAUAAAGGAAAUGGCCCGACUGAUGAAUGAUCCAAGUUUCGUGUUACAAAACGAAAAGUCGACCAGAGAAGAUUCCAGGAAUCCUGCGAGAACCAACGUCUACAGACCAAUCACAGUGAAGAAAACGGAAGUUAAUUCGGGAGAAAAGGAAGUUAAUGUCAAAUUCUGUGCAGUUCAUAACUCCACGACUCAUUCCCUCAAUGAGUGCAGAGAAUUCAGAAGGAAACCUUUGGCGGAGAGGAAACUUUUGUUGAAAGAACAUAAGAUCUGUUUCAAAUGUGGUGAGACUAACUCACACAUGGCUAAAGAAUGCAAGGCCAUCAUUAAAUGUAAGCAAUGUGGAAGCAAACAACACCCUACUGGUUUACAUCAAACUAAUGAGAGUGAGCGUAAGGAUUUUAGCCAUUCAGAAAUGAUUCCUCAUGGCGGGGAGCAAGUUCAAAGUGUAACAACGAAGUGUACUGCAGUAUGUGGACAAGGAAUCGGUGGCAGAUCCUGUGCUAAAACUUUACUGGUAAAUGUGUUUCCGGCUGAGCAACCAGAAAAGGCCAUUACAGUUUACGCAGUGAUAGACGACCAAAGUAAUAGGACACUGAUUAGUCCAGAGCUUCUUGACCAACUAGGAGUGCAGGGCGAGGAUUACUGCUACAUUAUUUCUUCAUGUACCGGAACUGCUCAAGCUUCUGGACGCAAGGCUGACGGAUUAGUCGUUAGUUCGAUUGAUGGAUUUUCGAGUCACUUACUACCGAGUACUAUAGAAUGUGAUGAUAUACCACAAGACAGAUCUGAGGCAGCUACUCCAGAGGUUGUUCUACAUCAUAGCCACUUAAAGGAACUGAAAGACCAUAUUCCUAAGUUCCGAUCGGAUUGUCACAUAGGGCUUCUGAUUGGAAGAGAUUUACCCGAGGCACAUCAAGUUCAAAGGCAGAUAGUAGGACCUAGACGAGCGCCAUUUGCACAGAAGUUGAGCUUAGGAUGGGUAGUUAUAGGGGAAGUUUGCUUAGGCAAAGUGCACCCUCCUAGUACUGUCAAGGUAAUGAAAACUGCUAUAAUCAACAGUAGGGGUUCUAUAUUCCAACCGUGUGACUUCAACCUGUAUACUAAAGAGAGUUCGGAGAACGACCACAUCUUUGUUAAAACGAAGGAUGAUGAGAAGGUCAGUCUGUCUGUUGAAGAUCGUCAGUUCCUUGAUGUAAUGAAUGAAGAGUGCCAUAAAGAUACAGAAGGAUUUUGGACAGCACCUUUACCUUUUCGAUACCCAAAGUCUAGAAUGCCCAACAACAGACCUGUUGCAUGGAAGAGAGCUAUGAUCCUGGAUGCGUCUCUCAAGAAGAACCCUACAAAGCGAGAGCAUUUUGUAUCCUUCAUGCAAAAGGUCCUUGACUCUAAAGCAGCAGAGGUAGCCCCACCUACAACUGACGAGGUAUGGUACUUGCCCAUAUUCGGGGUGUAUCAUCCGAAGAAGCCCGAUAAGAUCAGGGGAGUAUUCGAUUCGUCUGCGACUUACGAAGGCAUUUCUCUUAAUGGAACUCUCCUGUCUGGACCUAACCUUACCAAUAGUUUACUGUCAAUUCUCCUUCGCUUUAGAAACGAUUUGUAUGCAGUGACUGCCGAUGUGGAACAAAUGUUUUACAGGUUUCUCGUGAAGAAAGAACACAGAGAUUUCCUGCGUUUCCUAUGGUACAGGAACAAUGAUCCUACUGAGGAACUAAUAGAAUAUCGAAUGCGAGCGCAUGUAUUCGGUAAUAGCCCGUCACCAGCUGUUGCCACCUACGCCCUACGAUUUUUAUGUCGACGACUGUCUGCUAUCUCGUCCUACCGCACUGAUGUCGUGAAACGUACCCAGUUGGUGUUGAAGACUAACGGAAACAUUCGUUUGCAUAAAAUAACCUCAAACAACCCUGAGGUGAUGAACGCCUUUCAUGAAGAAGAUCAGUGUCAAACAUUGAAAUCUUUGAACUUUGACAAGGAUGCACUGCCGGUACAGCACAGUUUGGGCAUGUCCUGGGACCUAAACACAGACUCUUUCAAGUUCGAUAUCCAGGUCAAUACUAAACCGGAAACCCGUCGGGGCAUGCUCUCCACUUUAAACAGCAUAUUUGACCCGAUCGGUUUCCUAUCACCAAUCACAAUCCAUGGUCGUAUUCUCUUCAGGGAGAUUGCUACUGGUACCGGAUGGGAUGAACCUAUACCUACAGAGCAACUGGAAAAGUGGAAUGUUUGGACAAGGUCUCUGGAACAACUGAAGGACAUCUCCAUUCAACGAAUGUUCGUUCCUCUUUCCCUCAGCACAUCGGACGGGGUAGAACUACAUAUCUACUCCGACGCCUCGGAGAAGGCGAUUGCGACGGUGGCAUAUGUGGUUACUUUACACGAUGGAAUAUACCAUACUGGUUUUGCGGCAGGAAAGUCAAAGAUAGCCCCAGUUAGAGGACACACUAUACCUAGACUUGAGCUGUGCGCAGCCGUCAUGGCAGUUGAACUUGCUGAAUUUCUUUGCGAAUCUCUCCAUAUAUCUCUACAAUCCGUGAGGUACUACAGUGACAGUAAGGUCGUUUUAGGGUAUGUUAAUAACAAGACACGCAGGUUCUACACAUAUGUUGCUAAUCGCGUGGAAAGGAUUUUGCGCAGCUGUCGAGCAGAUCAGUGGUCAUACGUCAAUACUAGAGAAAAUCCAGCUGAUCUUGCUACUCGUUCUUCCACCAAGCCAGAGGAUUUUGCAAACAGCAACUGGCUGCGAGGUCCUGAACAACUCUAUAAAAACUUUGCUAUAACACCAAGGGAGUUUCCAUUAGUAGAGCCAGAUGAUGACAAGGAGCUGCGACCGGAAGUCACAGUAGCUUCCCGUAAAACUGUUUUAGAAGAAAGCUUCAUUGACCGCUUACAAGAUUUGUCUAACUGGCGCAAACUAGUGAAUGUCAUAGUCCUGAUUAAGAGAGCUGCUCGUCGCUUCAAGGGAAAACUUACCCCGGACUCUCCGACUGAGAGCACAACACAUCUAAUCAAGGAAUCUACUGCUGUUAUCAUUAGACUUAUUCAAGAGCAUGCUUACCAUGAAGAAGUUUUGUGUCUAAGGGAAGGAAAACAUGUGCCCAUGUCAAGUCACAUCAGGAAUUUGGACCCUUAUCUGGAUGGUUCUGGUGUCUUGCGUGUAGGGGGACGUCUAGGAAAGAGCGAUCUUCCUAUCGAGGAAACUAAUCCCAUAGUUUUACCUAGUAAACAUUGUCUGACAAAGCUUUUAGUCCAGCAUCAUCAUAAAGCAGUAUAUCAUCAAGGACGGCUUAUCACGGAAGGUUCAUUAAGAAACAAUGGUUACUGGAUAGUAGGUGCUAAAAGGUUGAUCACCAGUAUCAUUAGUAGCUGUGUUACGUGCCGGAAACUUCGAAGGCCCCUGGAACAUCAAAAGAUGUCUGAUCUCCCUAAGGAUCGACUUGUUCCAGGGCCUCCGUUCACCUCCGUAGGUGUUGAUGCCUUCGGACCUUGGUCCGUAGUCACUAGGAAGACGCGAGGUGGAUCAGCAAACUCGAAGCGGUGGGGAAUGCUGUUCACGUGUCUGACGACACGUGCCAUACACGUGGAGGUAACAGAAGAAAUGUCUAGCUCAUCAUUCAUCAACGCUCUGCGACGGUUUGUUGCUAUCAGAGGCAACGUGAAAGAAAUACGUUCAGACUGUGGGACAAACUUUGUUGGAGCUGUGAACGAGUUACACAUUGACAGCGUUAAUGUUGGAGAUGGACCUACUGCCUCUUAUCUCAAUGAUUCUGGCAUCGUGUGGAAAUUCAACGCUCCACAUUCCUCCCACAUGGGUGGAGUGUGGGAGCGAAUGAUUGGGGUAGUUAGGAGAAUACUUGAUUCUAUGUUAAUGGGUGCUGCAGGCAAAAGUCUAACGCAUGAGAUUUUGGUGACAUUCAUGGCUGAGGUGUGCGCCAUUGUCAACUCUCGACCAGUUGCCUCCAUUUCGCAUGAUCCAAAAUCCCCGGAAAUCUUAAGCCCAGCUGUUCUUCUGAAUCAGAAAGUGAAUUACUAUGACCCAGUUACAGCAUUGAAUUUCUCCGAAAGAGACAUCUAUAAGGGUCAUUGGCGCAGAGUCCAGGCCCUCUCUGAAAUGUUCUGGAAGAAAUGGCGCGAAGGUUACCUUCAAACCCUACAGCCACGUAGGAAGUGGCAGGAUGAUCAACGAGACCUCAAGGAAGGAGAUAUUGUGCUUCUCCGAGAUAAAUCACUACCGCGCAACGAUUGGGCGUUAGGAAUCAUUCAAACUGUGUUUAAAAGUGAAUGUGACAAUAGGGUUCGCAAAGCUGAAGUUCGCGUCGCAAAGGACAACAGAGUGACUGUGUUAACGCGUCCGAUAACAGAAAUGGUUCUUCUUCUUGAAAAGUAGACUAUGGACUCUGUAAAUGAAGAACUGUGUAUUCUGGUUGUUUAACAUUUAUAAUUUGUAGUAGAAAAUAGUGAUAUUACUAAUAUCAGACGGGGAGUGUGCUGGACCAGCAGUAGGAAUUACCUCCCUUGGUAUAGCCUACGUCAGUACGUGAUAUUUAGUAGUUGUUUGUCAUGAGUUAUCCCCCGUAGUGUCGCUCUUCGUAUUGCAGAAGAACGCCAGAAAUUAUAAACACGUUUUACAGCGUUACAAGACCGCAGUGCAUUUAGCACAUGUGCAAGCCUAUUUUUUGAAAUGCCUUAAAUCAGAAGUCAGGCUAGGUGUCACCACAGCGUAAGUUUAUAUAUGCAUGUACAAGUAUAGAUCUAUUAUAGUGUGCAGUACAGUACCUAUAUAUUGUAAUGAUUCAAUCUAUAAUUGUUAAUCACAUGUGUGAAUAGUUAAAUACUAAAUUGUUAUAGUGUUUAUAAUACUAUCUAUUAGAAUGUUGUCUAUGAGUUCGGUUCUCAGACAUGAUAAUAUGACCAUUAACGAUGAGGCUAAUUGAUAUCAGAGUUAAUAUGUCAAUAGUUAUAGUAACAACAAAGUCUUUGAUUGUACAAUGUACCUUUAAUUUUCAAGUAAUUAUAUUGUUGAUUUGUCAAUAUUAUGAUACUAGUAUUCAGUAUUCUAGUCAACAAUGUUAGCUAUAUAGGAAAAACAGUAUGUUUAGUAUGAAAUAGAAUAUUUGUCACUAUGUUAGGACUCAUAAGAGUAUUUUGUUUCACAUUUCAGUUCUUACGGUGUUAACUAUGGUUUUAACUAUAGUGUUAUGUUGAAUAAACAAGUUUGACGUC